GUCUCGUAGCAUCCAGGUUCCAGCGACAUGGAGGAUUGGCAGUCUUUCUAGCCACUUCAGGCACAGCAGUUGGCGGGGUCAUCUACCCCAUCAUCUUCUCUCAACUGCAGCCCAAACUCGGCUUCGUCACGCUCGCCGAACUCCUCGCCGCCAUGGCCAUCAUCCUCCCCGCCACACGAGGCAAGAGAUCUAACAGCGUCCGCUCCCUGCUCGAUCCCACCGCAUUCCACGACCCCGCGUUUAUGGUCUUUUGCGUGGCGCUGUUCCUCAUGUGGAUCGCUUACUGGGUGCCCUUUUUCCUGCUCCCGACCUUCGCCCAGUUCAAAGCCGGCGCCAGCUCGAACCUAGCCUUCUACAUCCUGGUCAUCUGUAAAGCAUCCACCAUCCCCGGACGCUACAUCGCCGUGCCCCUGUCGAAUCGAUUUGGUCCCGCGCCUACCAUGGCCGGCUUCGCACUAGCAUCCAGUGCUUUGCUAUUUGGCUGGAUGGGUGUCAAUUCGGUCGCAUCCACCAUUGGCUGGGCUGUGCUCAUUGCUCUGUUUAUGGGCCCAUUGGCCGUAUUGUAUCCGAUCAUUGUGCCGCAUUUGUCCCCGAAUAAGGAUUUGGUCGGUACGAGGAUCGGCAUCUCGUCGGCUGCGGCCGCGAUGGGAACUUCGAUCGAGUUUCCGGUUACAUUAGCCCUGGAUGAUAGUAAAACUGGCUUGUUUUGGAAAAGUCAGGUUUUUUGUGGUACUUGUAUGCUCGGUGGAGCUGUUUUGAUGGUCUAUGUUUACUAUAAGAUGUCUAGGACCGCGUAACGGGGUGGGCUGUUCAUGAGUAGUGAUGGCUGGGAUGCGAUGGUGGUAAUUGAAUGGGGGGUAUCAAUAUCAAUGUUUGAUGAGAUUGCGACGGUGGUGGUUGUAUAUGAAAGGGUAUCGGUGUUGGUAUUGGGCUGGGAGUGGGAGUGAUUGAGUUGCGAGGUGAUAUUUUGGAAAUAGGGACAAGAUGUAUCGUAUGUUAUGUAUUCCUG